GAUACCCGGAUGCCGCGGGCUUCCGGGCUUGAGGCUGCCGCCAGCCGCGAACCUCCUCUUUCUUUCCUGGCGCGUCCCGCCUGCUUGGCUGCCCGCCCUCCUUCCUCCUUCCCGCGGGAUGGAGCUGGAGACGGAGGCGCUGCUGCAGGAGGCCCGGGAGAGCAUCGAGGCGGCGCGGCUCUACCGCCGGGAGCUCCAGCAGCGCCUCAAAGGGCUCCACCUGGCCCGCCAGCAGAUCAAAGACAGUGCUGCAUUGACCAGGGAUGUACUUGAACAGCAUUUUAGUGACUUAAAAGGGACCCUAAGGAAACUCCUGGAUGAACGGCUGGUGUCUUUGCUGCAGGAAGUGGAUGCCAUAGAAGAGGAAAGCAUCAAACCAUUGGAUGAGUGUCAGAAGCUAAUAGAACAUGGAGUUGGUACGGCUGAUGAGCUCCUCAGAGACGGAGAAAGUGCUAUCCAUGGUGUCACAGGAGAAAACAACAACAAGCUUUGCAACUUCACAAAAAAGGCAUUACAUAUUCAGCUGGAUAGCUUGCCGGAAGUGCCAUCGUUGGUUGAUGUGCCUUGUUUAUCUGCCCAGCUGGAUGACUCUCUCCUUACAGUAGUUAGAAGUCAAAUCGUCAGCCAUGGUACAGUUGCGUCUCGACCACCAGUACAGAUUGAAGAACUGAUUGAGAAGCCUGGGGGGAUCUUAGUGCGGUGGUGCAAGGUUGAUGAAGACUUCAUCCCACAACACUACAGGCUUCAGUAUCGCAAGAGUAACACUGGUCACUUUGAAGAUGUGUACGUUGGCUCCGACACAGAAUUCAUAGUACUACAUAUUGAUCCCAAUAUUGAUUACCAGUUCAGGGUAUGUGCGCGAGGAGAUGGCCGUCAAGAAUGGAGUCCAUGGAGUGUUUCUCAAAUUGGCCGUUCCACAUUAGUGCCUCAUGAGUGGACAACUGGCUUUGAAGGGUAUAGCUUGAGCAGCCGAAGAAAUAUAGCCCUUCGAAAUGACUCACAAGCUGGUGGAGUGUUGUACUCCAAGGCUCCAACCUACUACUGUGGUCAGACAUUGACAUUCCGAAUUGAAGCAGUUGGCCAGACAGACAAAAAGGACAGCAUAGGCAUAUGUGUGGAGCAGCGGAAUGGCAGGGAUUCAUUGCAACGAGAUAAAGCAGUGUGUGUUAGCACAAAUGGGGCUGUCUUUGUAAAUGGAAAAGAGAUGACAAACCAAUUGCCUGCAUUUACUUCGGGCUCCGCUGUGACGUUUGACAUGGAAGCUGUGACUAUAGGUCCUUCAAAUAAUAAUGAGGGAGGGAACUUCAAACUCAGAGUGACAAUUAGUUCCAACAACAGGGAAGUGGUCUUUGACUGGGUACUUGACCAAUGUUGUGGCUCUUUUUAUUUUGGAUGUUCGUUCUCUUGUCCAGGCUGGAAGGUGUUGGUGUUCUAACUUCUGGCUUCAGAAAAAAGUGAUGAUUUUAGACGGUUCCUCUUCCAGUGACUGGACUUUGCAAUGCAAUGCUUUACUAGUGCAGGAACUUAACACAUUGUGUGUGUUUAAUACACUGCCCCUUAAUGCAGCCUCAUCAACAUUACUUGAACUCUGUCCUCUUUACUGGAUUCCUUUAAAAUACUGGUGAAAUAUUUUGAGUUAUCUGGAAAAUUAUGUAGGCUUUCCUGAUUGCUGUCAUGUCAUGUGUUUUAAGAGUGUGACUUCUUUAAAAAGAAAACGUUAGAAUUAAUAAUACUUUUGUGCUCUUGUUUAUGAAAGUGUAUACUUGCAGAACAGCUCCAAUUUAGCCUAAUGGUAUUAUUUUGCUCAGGGUUAAUGGACCAAAGUUACAUGCAUGGUAUCAUAAUCACUAGAGUAAGGUACUGACAGAGCUAAAAAUAACUGGGCAUGUUGUCACUAAUGCUUCCAUUGCUGUCCACUUGGCAUUGAUGCCAAAUAUUUUCUUCCCGAUGUAAUAUUAGUGCUCUUUGCUGCUGCAGCCCAGAUGCGUUUGUUUUCAUAUGCCGUUCCUGUGUGCCUUAGUUUCAGACUUUUGUUGAAUGAUAUUUACCUAUUGGAGAUAAAAUUUAAAUUAUGAUCCUAUUUCAUAAUUAACUGCUACAGAAUUAUUGUCACUUAGGUCAAGUUUUAUAUUAAUGGUGUGCAUUUUGCUUCAAAAUAACCAUGGCACUGAGUGCCACAGGUGGUGCCUUGACCAUGAUGAUAUUACACAUUCCUACAUGUAUGUUUAGGAACCCUGUGCAGGAAGUGGCUCUCAAAAUGGUUCUGAAAUCAGAAAGUUUGUGUUCUUCCUCAGAUAUGCAAAUUUUACAAUAACUUAAUGAGCAAGAACCCUCUGAUAUAAGAAGAAUCCUGCAGUAAACAGGGUACUAUUGUAAAAAAGAGGACAUGUGAAUCACUCACUGUAGAUUUUUUUUAUUUUUCUAUGUUGUAAACAGGGUUAACACAUGGGCAGGUAAUAACAUUAAACUACAGUGAUGGCUGCAUAGAGUAUGUAUACCUUAUGCAGUCAAGGCCUGGCUUAUAUGCUUUCCCACAUGGUUCAUGUAUCUAUGCAAGAUAAACAACUAAUUUUAGCAGUUCUUAAAGAGAACUGAUUUGUCUGGUUAAAACAGCAUGUUCUGGAUAAGUGCUCCUUUACAGCAAUAAGUGUGCAUAUGCUUUCCACUUUUGAUGGCAGCUGUAUUGAAUAUAAUCUGUAGCUGUAGACCCAGACUGUAACUUUGAAGAUAAAGUAAGUUAAAAAGUGAUUGGUUAAAGCCAAUAAGAAAACCCCAUGUUAUACAGUCAUAAGGCUGCACUGAGGUUGCUGUCACAAAAGCUUCAGCGGAGGUUAAAUUUUGGGAAACAAGGGGAUGGUAGUAUCCCAUUCUGACAGCAUCAUUUUCUCCGUAUACUGAACCCAAAUUCAGUACUGGCAACAGUCUUGCUUCAGGCAAGCAUAGCUGGGAUCCCUGGAGAUCCUUUUGUCAUGCAAUGCAUCUGUAGAGCAAAACACAAUAUAGUGAUUGUUAGUGUAUUGUGGGCAAGGUUUUGUUUUCCUCAGCAAGCUAUUGGUUGGGUUGCUGUGAGUCAUUCGGGCUGUAUGACCAUGUUUCAGAAGCUUUCUCUCCUGACGUUUUGCCCACCUCUCUGUAUGGCCAUGUUCCAGAACAUGGAACAUGGCCAUACAGCCCGAAAGACUCACAGCAACCCAGUGAUUUUGGCCACGAAACCUUCAACAAUACAAGGUAUUGUUUUUCUUCUUCUUCAAAAACUGGUUUCUUCAUGUCCCCUUUUUACAUUUGUUAUAUCAAAUCAACUUUUCUCCCAUCUAUUAAGCUGCAACAGAAUAUUUCCCUUCAUCCACAGUAAUCCACUAGCCUUAUUUUCAUGUUAAAACAAAGUGAGGGAUGUGGAAUUGCGUCCAUAAAAAUGUCACAAGGAAGCCGCUCUGUCCAUGGGCUUCCUGUGUCUCAGUGUUGAUCUGUGCUACUGCAUACUUAAAACAGAGUGAAGAAAACCAGUGUUUUAAAUGUGGUAUUACAUAGAAGGUGUUGGGCCCUGUUUAUAUUUUGGGGAAGGGGGAAUCACCAUGCCCUAAAGCAGAAAGUGGAUUGCCCUCCUUCCCAUUCGUUGUAUGUGUCCCUUGGCAUUCAAGGGACAGGCAUAGGCUAUUCACAGUUAUGUACAUGCAAAAUUCAAUCAAUGCCUUUUACCUAUUACAGGUGGAAGAAGCUCAAGUUGUACUUUCAGUUGUUUCCGGUGUGUCAAGUAUAGUUUGUAGGGCUGCAUGGAAAUGAAGGCUUCCCUCUGACAACAGUUAAAUCAGAGCCUUUGCUUCAGGAUGUGCUUCUUUGCUCUCUUCCACAUAAGGAAGGAGUACAAAGACUGAAUUGGACCACAGCACAUACUUGGCCAGUUCUCAUGCUCUCAUUAACUUGAAUGCUUUUUUAGACAGAAUGUUUCUCUCCUCACCCCACUUUACCACUGAAUAGAAGCAGUGUGUUUUUCAUCCAUCUUAGAGAAGAGAAGCUUGUUUAGGCAAGAUGUGCAAAGGAUCAUAUUCAGGAGAGCUCUUCAGAAUCUUAGCUUGCAACUGAUAUAAGCACCAAAAAGUUUAUGUUCAGAGGAGCUCAUCUUGAAAUGUGCCAGUCAUAAAAUGUCUCACUGUUAAGUAAAUUUGGUUCAUUCUGUUUUACUUUUGCAUUUAAUAAAUCCACAAAAAGUGUCUGUUCCUUUUUCAGACCUCACCCAUACAGUGUUAUUGAGACAACCCUAUUAGAGAUGGAAUUUGAGAUGGAAGUAUGUUUAUGAAACAUGUAUGUAUUUACCUCAAGAUACUUUGUAUUAUAACUUUAAUAAAGUUUGGUAGUCUUUUGACUAGUA